ACGACGUUUAGGACAACCACCAUAUGCCCAGUACUGUAUCUAUCUUGUCAGACCCUAAUAAUAAUAGACCGGCCGUGAUAAGAAUUAUUUUUUUUCUUGAACGUCCUGCAGUUGCCACGGCGGGGCGGCGUCUGCCGGCGGCGGCGCUGGCGAGGAGGCGGAUCGACUCGUCGACGGCGGUCGGCGCCGCCAGUGGCGCGUGGUGGGCGGACGGCAGCAGCGCCGGCGUCCCAGGUCGCCGGCGGUGGCUGCUCGGGCCGGGGUCGUCGCCGCCGACGUGCCGCGCGCGGUGCGGGCGGUGCACGCCGUGCCGGCCGACCCGGGUGGCGAUCCAGCCCGGCGUCGGCCCGCAGUGGGAGUACUACCCGGAGGUGUGGCGCUGCAAGUGCGGCAACAAGCUCUUCAUGCCCUGAUCGAUGAGCAAGGCCGGCCGGGCCGCCCCUCGGGGUUGCUUGCGUGUUCUUGAUCGAUCGAAGGAGAAAAGUGCCGGUGAUUUUGCAAAAAGGGUACGGACGUAAAGAAAAAAGGAGCAAGAGGGUGCUGGUUAGGUAAUUAGGCGUGCGUGCGUGUGCGACCGUGAUGUUUGUGUAUAAGCAAAUCAAGACCUUAACUACUACUUCUACAUGCCAUUGCUCUUUCUUUUCUUCUUUUUUUUUCUUGAAACUGUUUCAUUUUUAAAAAAAUUUCUUGGACAGCAUUCAGGCCUUGUAAGUAUGAAGUAGAAGUACCUUUACAUGGGGGUUAAUUGUAUGUUGAUGCAUGUUCAUGGCUGUAA